AUGAUUGGUAGCCAAGGCACGUCUUGGAAGAGGAACAUGACGGAUGACGUAUCCGCGCGGCCCGAAACUCCCAAUCAGACAACGAGAGAGAAGUUGGAUCGCCAAAUCCAGGCAGUUCGCCCAGAAGAAGCACGUUCAGAAUGCUCAUCCUUUGACGCUGUCGACAGAAACCUAUCAGACCAUACUCGUUCAAACGCUCAGAGCAAGAUCACUCCGCUUUUCUUUUUCGAAUGGAUUCUUCCAAAAGACGACGAAAAUAGUGCUACCAGCUCCCAGAGCAAUCAAAAAGCCUCUCCUAAUGAAGAUACGAUCAGCAUAGCAACAAGUACUCGUGACGAAUCGCCAGCAUCGGCCAGCCAUAUCUCUGAGAUACACGAGCCCAGAUCGCCUCGUCGUCAAGACUUUGCUGAUACCGAUUGCCGAUCAUCGGGGAACAUGUCAGAAAUGUCGCACCCUGCAGGCUCGAGAUGA